AGUCUAUCAAUCAAAUCGACGCACCACGCAACCGGAAGUCGGUUAAACGGAUUAUAUCUAGCUGUUAACAACAGCGUUUUGAAGUUCGCUAUCUUUGUUUUUGAAAACACUCGUUUUUUACCAAACUAAAGUAAGGGAACAUGUCCGACAACGAAGGAGAUUUUGAUGAUGGAGACUUUGAUGACGCUGAAGAGGAUGAGGGAUUGGAUGACCUGGAAAACGUUGAAGAUGAGGACCAAGAGAAUGUGAAGAUCCUGCCUGCAGGGGAGGGGUCACAGGCCAACCAGAAGAGGAUCACAACCCAAUACAUGACCAAAUAUGAAAGGGCCAGGGUGCUGGGGACACGCGCCCUCCAGAUAGCCAUGUGUGCCCCAGUCAUGGUGGAGCUGGAGGGAGAGACAGACCCUCUGCAAAUUGCCAUGAAAGAGCUAAAGUGCAGGAAGAUCCCCAUCAUCAUCCGGCGGUACCUUCCUGAUGGCAGUUAUGAAGAUUGGGGCUGUGACGAGCUCAUCAUCACAGACUGAGCCAGAUCAAACAGGACUGGCAGGGCCAGACCACCUCGCAACCCACUAGGCUGGUGUGAGUGCAAACUUUUGUUCCAGCAAAGCAUUAACACACCGUAUUCAACUAAUCAGGGUCUAUUUAAGACUAUGAAUAAUUGAUUAGUCAAAUCUUGUGUGGUACUGCGUGGCUGGAACAAAAGCCUGCAUACAUACUGGUCCUUUGCUAUAACCUCACCUGCACUGGGCCAACCAGCUCUACGGGCAACCUGCAGAGUGAAGUCCUCAAUUAAUAAUGUAAUUGUGUUUAUGAAUAGUUUUAUGACGGGGAAGAGCAGUUGCUGUGGAAGAGCUCUUUGUUUUAUUGUUGUGAUUAAAUUGUUUUGUAAGAAAGUA